GGUUCUCGCUUAACAAGAGUCAUCAGGCACCAGCUGCGCCAUCAGGCGCCCAGAAAUGCCGCUGAAAACAAAAGCGAUCGGCCGGCUGUAAAGACUCGACAUUCUGUCCCUAGACACUCGAGUGAGCGAAACAAAGAACGAUGUCGAUUUUACCAGGAGAUUUCUUGGCCAGGCCCGCGCCGAACAUGACUGCCAAAAAGAUCGACUUUUCCCAAACAACGUUACCAGAGUACCACGGUCUCUACGCCGUCAUUCUCGACGAUGUGCUCAGCGCAGAGGAAUGCGAUCAGUUCAUCAAGGCUGCUGAGGCUACGACCAAAGGCGAGUGGGAGCGUGCCAUGAUCAAUGUCGGUGGCGGUCGUCAGCGUCUGAUGACUGACUCGCGCAAUUGCGGCCGGAUCAUCUGGGACUCGAAAGAAGUUGUCGCCAAGAUCUGGAAGCGAAUCGAGCAUGUACCAGAAGUGCAGGAAAUUGUGCGCUUGCAAAAUGUGCCCGAAGUCUUCGGCAAUGGUCCCGCGAAACGAGACGAGGUGUGGACAUUUACCCGGCCGAACGAACGCAUGCGAUUCCUCAAGUAUGUUGGCGGAGAGUACUUUCGUCCCCACUGCGAUGGAAGUUAUGAGACGCCCGGUAAAAAGGAGCGCUCCUAUUUCACCCUUCACCUGUACCUCAACAACGCCGGCGUUCCCACUCCGGACGAGCGUGCGGAGAUGGACCCGAAGGAUAGGCUUGCAGCAGAGAAGGUGGCGUUGACGGGCGGUGCAACUACGUUCCACUCGCUCAGCUGGAACAAUGAUCGAGACUUCGAUGUCCUUCCAAAGACUGGUCGGAUCUUGCUCUUUCAACAUAGGAAUCUGUUGCACAGCGGAGCCGAUGUCGUGCAAGGGGUGAAGUACACCAUGAGGACUGACCUGUUGUACGCUCGGGAGAGCUCAGCCAGUGGAACGCAGAGCAAGAUGCCGGCUCUGGACGAUUGAAGGAACGUUUGUUUUGAACGCGGAGUCUUGUUGCGAGACUGCAUGCUCCGUGUCACAAGUGCAGCCAGUGUGCUUGCCGUGAGGAGAGCGCGUUCUUCGUCUCCAGAAGAGUCAUAUUCCAGCAUGCCAAUAUUACAGAAGACGCGUUGGACGUUAGCCAAUAUACCAUGCUCUUUCUGGGUGCAUCUUGGCGAUCCGUAAAGGACCAUGAAGUGGAGGGAGACGGGGAUCGGUGCUCGUUCGAGAGCAGUCUCCAGGAGUGCGUCCAAGGCUAGAACUAGAUAUCAACGUAAGCAUUUUUUGAUUUC